AUGGCACAAGCACAACCUGAAAGAAAGAUUGAAGAAGGAAUCUCUAUAGGAAUAGAAAGGAAAGAAACAACCAGACCCAAAAAAGAUAGUAACAAGAAUGGUGGUUCUGUGUCCUUUAAAUUCAACGCACAGGCACCUGAAUUUGUGCCAAGAUCGCAUACCUCUACAACCCAAAUGCCUAUAUCAGGUUAUUUUUAUCCUUACUUGCAUUAUCUUGGUGCCACUGCUUGUGCUACUGGAGGGUCUGAUUGGUUUUUUGUUGGCGAUCAAAACCAUGCUGCCUAUUUGAUCUCUAAUAAUCCAAAUCAUGCAAUGCUUAAUUGCCCCACCAAGAAUAGCGAUAUUCUCACUGACGAUCUUCGAAAAAAGAUCAUCAAACAGGUGGAGUACCAAUUCAGUGACAUGAGUCUUCUUGCAAACGAAUCGAUGUCGAAACACAUCAAUAAAGAAACUGAAGGUUAUGUGCCGAUAUCUGUUAUGGCUUCAACUAAGAAAAUGAGGUCUCUUGUAAGCGAUACCGAUUUGCUUGCUCAAGCACUCAAGUCUUCUUCAAAACUUGUUCUGACCGAAGAUGGCAGGAAGGUUAAACGCAAAAUCCCUUUCACUGAUAAAGACAGAGAAGAAUUGCAGUCUCGUAUUGUUGUAGUGGAGAAUUUGCCUGAAGAUCAUUCUCAUCAAAAUGUCCAGAAAAUUUUUAGCGUGGUUGGAAGUGUGAAAACCAUCAGAAUAUGCCAUCCACCAGAAUCCAAUUCUUCGCGGGCUAAAAUUGACUUCUUUGUAACCAACAAGCUGCAUGCACUUGUGGAGCUUGAAACCCGUGAACUAGCUGAGAAAGCGGUUGAGAAGUUGAAUGAUGAAAGGAAUUGGAGGAAAGGCCUUCGAGUAAGGUUGCUGGUUCGGUGCUCGCCAAAAUCUGUUCUCAGCAGGGGCAGAAAGUCAGAAUUUGACAUUUGGGAGGAAGAAUAUUCAACCCUUGAUGAAUCAACUCAGGAUACCUCUCGACCAAACAAUUCAGAAUCUGCUGAAGAUAAUUCAGGGGCAUCAAAGAAGGCAUGGGCAAAAGGCCGAGGCAAGGGCAAAGGCCGCGGUCAAAUCAAUUAUGGCAGAGGUCUGUUUGCUCCUCCCGAAUGUGCUAGCACACCGCAAUGUCAAGCAUAUGCUAAACAUACUUCUAAGGGUCCAAGAAUGCCUGAUGGGACCAAAGGUUUCACUGUUGGUCGAGGCAAGCCAUUGGUUACUUCAGCUCUGACCAGUUCGAUUAUGGAAUAA